AUGGCUUCACAUAACCCACUUAAGAUCUUUGAGACUACCCGAGUUGCUCCAUUUCCCAACUCACCCCACUCCGCUACCCACUUAUCUCUUCCUCUCACUUUCUUUGACACAUCCUGGUUAAAAUUUCCUCCUGUGGAACGUCUCUUCUUUUACAAACUCACUCAUUUAACCUUUCUUCACUUCAACUCAGUCAUCCUUCCCAAACUCAAACAUUCACUCUCUCUCGCACUUCUUCACUAUCUUCCUCUUGCAGGCAAACUCACAUGGCCUCCACAUGCCUCAAAGCCUAUCAUUUCCUACUCAGCUGACGAUGACGUUUCUCUCAUCGUCGCGGAGACCGACGCAGACUUUAACCGUCUCUCCAACGGUGAUGUUCUUGAGUCUUCCGAGUUACGUCAUUUAAUACCUGAGUUGUUUUCAUCUGAUGAGAGAGCAUCAAGCAUGACUCUGCAGAUAACCUUGUUUCCGAAUCAGGGCUUUUGCAUUGGCAUCACUACGCACCAUGCGGUUAUGGACGGCAGAGUUGCGACCACGUUUAUGAAAUCCUGGGCUUAUCUAUGCACACAACUAGACAAACAAGACCCUUCUUUGUUGUCAGAACUUACUCCGUCCUUUGAUCGGACGGAUAUCGAAGAUCCGGCUGGACUCUACAUGGUGUACUUGAAGAACUGGGCAGAUUACACGGGGUCCGAUAUCUCGGAAGUCAACCAGCUAAGCUUGAAGGUGUUGGGAGAUUUAGGAGUAAAUCGGAAUUCACUUCGGGCAACGUUCAAGCUGACUCAUGAAGACAUAAAGAAACUCAAAGAAAAGAUUUUGUCCAAAUUAGAAGAAGUAAAACCUACAAAAGAGCUUCAAUUAUCAACUUUUGUGGUUUCAUAUGCGUAUGUUCUAGUUUGUCUCGUGAAAGCAAAAGCUAGAGAAGGCAUUAGAAACGUUAAAUUUUUGUUCCCAGUGGAUUAUAGAAACCGUUUGAAUCCUCCACUCCCUUCAAAUUAUUUCGGCAACUGUGUUUUCCCUCGUCAAGCGAUUGUCAAAGCAAGCGCUUUCCUGGAGGAAAAUGGGGUUGCGAUUAUCGCUGAGAAAGUCAGUAACAUGAUCAGAGAAAUUGAUGAGAAGGGGCUCUUUGAAGGUGCUGAAAAGAGUUUAGAAAAAUUGAUGACCGGGGAACCAGGAGAACAAACGAUUGGUUUGGCUGGGUCGAUCCGGUUCAAUGUUCACGGAGUUGAUUUCGGAUGGGGAAGGCCGAAGAAAGUAGAGAUAGUGUCUAUUGAUAGAACCGGAGCAAUUGCUAUGGGAGAGAGUGGCGAUGGAAAUGGCAUUGAAAUUGGUGUGGUUUUGAGCAGCCAUGAAAUGGAGAUUUUCAGUUCUUUCUUUGUUUCUGGUUUGCAGAAUCUUUGA